ACAAUGUCGACGGUGGUAGUAGUCGCUCGGUUGUGUUGUGUCGCCUACUAGUGUUGCGGUGUUUCGCUUUGCCCAUCCUGUCUCAAAUCCUAGCUCAAAAUCAUUCCGGUAGUCGCGACAAAACAGAUUUUCUAAGUUUUCUUCAGCUAGUUCUUAAGCAUUACACCAAAUAAGUGUCCACUAGUCCAGUGGUGAACUGUAUCAGCGCGAUUUGACGACGGCGGCGUACUCCAUUCGAAAAGUGCUGGUAAACUAAGCGGUGUGCGUGAGCGUGAGAAAGCGUACGGCUAGUACUGCACAAUAGCAAAGGAAGUGUUGUUGUUUCGUGCGGGUGUGUGUGUGUGUGCCGGGAAUUGUGUUUACUCUGACCUUUUCCACCGAUGCGUCUGCAGCAUUGAAGCUCGUUGCUCCCAAAAGGUGUGUUGUGGUUGUUGGUGAUGGUGGUGCAAACAAGCGGCCAGAUCGGUCCCAGUUUUCAAGUGCGUUGCGGAAUAUAGUCCCUCGGUAGUGUGUGAUGUUUUGUGGGAAUAAUCUCGUCUCUUGAUGGUUACCACCAAAACUGAAAUCCUUCGUGACGGAUUUAGUUUAUAGCAAAAAUUCAAAUUAAAUUGCAAACCAUACCCGACCCUAUUGGCUCAUCGCGCGAGGAUCAUUCAGGACGGCUAGAGAAGUUGCUGUGUGCUGUGGUUUUGCUAGAGCGACCGAAUAGUGUCCGUCUCAACACUGCGAGGUCAACUCCACCGUACGGGGCUAGCUUUGUAAACGACACAAAGUGGACGACAUUCACCGACAGCCUCAAGUGGACCAGCACGGAACCAGUUCUGCGGUUGAUGAUAAGAAAUCAACCCGAUUCUGAGGAGCAUCCGUUCAACAUCUGCUAUCGGUGGUUUUACGAAGGUUCGAAAUACACCGCAAAUGGGUUCAUGAUGAAGCUGGUGCAAUAAGAUCUCGUUGUCCGGUACGUUUGCUCCAGCUUGGAACGAGCACCGGAGGGCGAGCCUUAGUGCUAGGGGCGGCUAGCUGCGUAAGGACAAUCACUUCAUUCCCGGUCGUUUGUUGUCAGUGUGUGUUCAUCGGUAGUAUCUGUAGCACUCAAGCAAGAGUAUACGCACGUAAACGACGCCCCGCCGCGUAUCACCAGCUCUCUUACCUGGCUCGGCCGUACCGCCAUGUCGGAAGGAUUUGGCAACGGCCAACAGGAAGGAGCAGCAGCAGCAGCAGCGGCAGCGGCGGCAGCAGCAGCUGCGGCAGCGGGACAGCUAGUAGUGGACGAUAACCUUCUCGGGCACGGUGGUGAAGGCAACGAAUACCAGUGGGCUUACGGCACGAUCAUGGACUCAUCCCGCGUUUCGACCUGUCUCAUCUCGAUGCUGCUAAUCGUGUACGGCAGCUUUCGGAGUCUGAACAUGGAACAGGAACAGCGGGAAAAGGAAAAGAAACGACAAAGCGAAAGCAUGAACAAUCUUCUCACCGGUGAACCUGUCCAGCCAGAACAGAAUAAAUUUGCCACAUUGGACACAAUGCAUGCACUGUGUCUUCCACUCGGAGCAUCGAUCUCAUUGCUGGUGAUGUUUUUCUUCUUCGACUCGAUGCAAAUGCUGUUUGCCGUCUGUACAGCAAUAAUAGCCACUGUUGCAUUAGCGUUCCUGCUGCUUCCGAUGUGCCAGUACAUUAUUCGGCCAUGCACGGACGGUAAUCGGAUAUCGUUCGGCGUUUGUGGCCGCUUUACAGCGGCGGAACUGUUCAGCUUUUCGCUUGCCGUAUCGAUCGUCUGCAUCUGGGUGCUGACCGGACACUGGCUGCUGAUGGAUGCGAUGGGUAUGGGCCUGUGCGUGGCCUUCAUUGCAUUUGUGCGACUUCCGAGCCUAAAGGUGUCGACGCUGCUGUUGACCGGGCUGCUCAUCUACGACGUGUUUUGGGUAUUCUUUUCCUCGUACAUCUUCAGCACAAACGUGAUGGUGAAGGUGGCCACACGGCCAGCAGACAAUCCGGUUGGUAUCGUAGCGCGCAAGCUGAACCUUGGCGGUAUCGUAAAGGAGCCGCCGAAACUGAACCUUCCGGGCAAGCUGGUGUUUCCAAGCAUCCACAACAGCGGUCACUUUUCGAUGCUCGGUCUGGGUGAUAUCGUGAUGCCGGGGCUGCUGCUAUGUUUCGUGCUGCGUUACGACGCGUACAAAAAAUCCCAGUCCACGCAGACGGCCGAAACUGGCGUACCACCACCGAAAGGAGUUGGCUCGAAGCUUACUUAUUUUCAUUGUUCCUUAUUAGGUUACUUCCUUGGAUUGUUAACCGCGACUGUCAGUUCUGAAGUAUUCAAAGCGGCACAGCCUGCGUUGCUGUAUCUUGUACCGUUUACACUGCUACCUCUGCUUACGAUGGCAUAUCUGAAGGGUGAUCUGCGGCGCAUGUGGAGUGAACCGUUCAUCAUCCAGCAAGCGUCGAAGCAGCUCGAGGUAUAAACUACACUUAAAUGCUCUCCGCGGACGAUAAAAAUACAGCAACAAAAUUCUGUACGCAAAAAAUAGUAUUAAGUGCAACUAACUCUACACAAAGCGAUAUAGUGUAAUGGAAGCCAGCCGAGGAAGGACUACUGCAAUUAUAUGCAACAAACCGUAUUAGGGCGGUGCUGGGGUACCGCGCAAUUGCAAAUUGUGGUUGCGUCGGUGCAACGCGCAGUCUGUGUAACGAAUGAACAAACAAUUUGAACAAAGCAAACCCUUUUCUAGCACCUCCCCCCCUCAUACACUCUCGGUCAGCUCGGUUACAUCCCGGGCAAUGGUAGUCGUGUAAGUUUAGAUUGUGGCUAGGAUAAACGUAAAAAGAAAGCAGAAAACGACGAACCCCGGCGCGGCAUGGCACGACGGAUGAAUCAUUUAAGGUAGUUUAACAAUAUUUGAAUGUGAUUAGGCGUUAGGGAAUUAGUAGAGGCGUUUGUGUGUUUGUAUGUGUGUUUUCAGCAGCGUGAAGCGGAAGCAGAAAACGCAACAAAAAACAUUCAAAUCAAAAAUGUUGAAGGUCUAAGGAAGCGCCAACCGAGCGCGUCACGUGUGCAUAUGCUGCUGCUCGAUCGCGCUAAUGUAGGCUGUAGGAUUACAUCUCAUUUUGCAUCUUCGGUCUCUUCUCCUUUUUGUGCAUACGUAUCAAUAUUAUUAUUCGGCAAGUAACGUUGCUGCAGUGCAGUUCACGUGUUUUUCGUUCGCUUGCCACUCAGUUACUCUCUGGACAAGCGUGUGUAUGUUCUUGUGCGCAGAUUUGCUCUGCAAACAGAUGCUCUGCAAACUUGCGCAUUUAUAUUUUCUCUCUAUCUCUAACCUUAAUUUCACCCAACGAUAGCUAAAUUGAGGAUGGCUACUAUGGCGUACGAAGCUUUGAUUUUUUAACGCACGGCAGUUAAGAAGCUUGGGCUUGAUUUUCUGUACGACCGAAUGGUACUGUUUUCUGUUUUAUAUAUCCUAUAUUAUGAUCGUAUUAGAUGAAUGGGUUCACAACAGCAAAUCGGUAGUGCGCCUUUACCAUGCUCAUAAAUGCGGAGCAAAUGCUCCCUCAAAAUUGCGUUCUCUUUGCUGAUGUGGAUAGCAACGCUUACAUACAACAAACGUACCUAAACGCCAGUUACAGGUCCUUUGCUUGUUGCAGAAUAAUCGGUAUCAUACCACAUCCUUUAAAGAUUCAUUCAAUCCAGCUCUCAGGCCGUCUACCGGCCGUUGA